AUGAUGAUGAUCUUCUUCGUACUCAUCAUUAGUAACUUGCUCUACACAAUACAUAGUAUUCCUCCAUCAUUACCCUCUCAAUUAUAUGUUGUUCCAUUUCGAAUAUUUUCCGAGGGAAAUGCAGAUGGCUCCGUCGAUCGUCCUUACACAUCAAUCCAACAAGCACUUGAUCACAUCGAUACGGACAGAAAACAACGAAUAAUAAUUAAUCUAUAUCCAACUUAUCACUUCGUUAAUACAAUUACAUUCACUGAACAACACAGUCGCAUACGAUUAACAACAAUGAAUAAUGAAAUCGCGUCUUUCUAUGAAAAAAUAGCCAUCAACGAUUCUGAAUACUCUCGAUUACCACACGCAAGUAUCAGUGGUGGAAUACCAAUAACUGGGUGGACAACAACAGGUGGAAAUAUUUACACAGCUACUGUACCACAACCGAUCUUUGUCAACCAACUAUUUGCGAAUAAUCAACGUGUUAGUCGUACACGUCUUCCACUGAACCAAUCUUAUUAUUUUCAAUAUGCUGCGCCGUUACAAGAUCCCAAUCAAGCUCGAUACGGUUUUCAGUAUGAUCGAGGUCAGUUUGAAAAUUGGCCGUUGGAUGAUGCCAUGGUUGUUGUCUAUCAUAGUUGGACAACAUCACAUCAUUAUAUUGAUCGAAUAGAUACAACAAACAGAACGAUAUUUUUUACCAAUCCAUCGAAUUCACCGAUUGGAACAUAUGUUAUUCAAGGACAACGGCGAUUCCAUGUCGAAAAUCUUUGCAUUUGGGUACCAAAUUCAUUUUGCUUUGUGAAUGCAACCAGAACGAUUUAUCUGAUGACCGAUGGGUCAUAUGAUCCAACAAAAGUACAAAUCAUCACACCCGUCGAAGAAUUCGUGGUUAUCAUUGCCGGUACAGAUGUGACCAAUCCCGUCUCAGAUAUUAUUAUUGAUAAUGUUGUAAUCGAACAUAAUGCAUGGAAUAUUGCUCGAACCGAACAAGCGGAUUAUCAAGCAGCUUCAUUUCUAACAUCCGCUGCACUUUACAUAGCAAAUGCGACGUCAAUUGUGAUUUCCGAUGUUCAGAUUCGUCACACGGGCACCUACGGCGUUUGGAUAAAAGAAGGAACGACGAACAUUAAUCUGAUGAACUCUUUGAUAUCCGAUACAGGUGCCGGCGGAGUUCGUGUUGGUCAAAUGACAGCGCCGGUGACAACACCAACGAGUUCGAUACAGAUUCUAUCGAAUGAAAUUAGUUAUGGUGGAAAUGUUUUCCCAAGUGGCGUUGGACUUCUGAUUCAUCGCGCCACGGAUGUCGUUGCUGUCGACAACAGUAUUCACCAUCAACGAUAUACUGGUGUUUCCGUGGGAUGGGAAUGGGGUUACAAUCCAUCGUAUACGAGCAAUAUUCUAAUUCAUAGUAAUUAUAUUUAUAAUACAGGAGAACAUAUCCUUUGCGAUCAAGGUGGAAUUUACACACUUGGAAUUCAACCAGGAACAGUGAUAUCGAACAAUGUGAUUAAAAAUGUGUUUAGUUAUGCUGCAUACAUGUGGGGGAUUUAUUUAGAUGAAGGCUCGUCAGAAAUUGUCGUUGCAAACAAUGUCGUGUAUAAUAUUGGAUGGGCGGGUUUGUUUCAACAUUAUGGUGCUAAUAAUACAAUUAUCAAUAAUGUUUUUGCACGCACAUCAUUGAUUACUCCGCCACAACCCGAUGAUCCAAUUCCGGAUGGUGAUCUUCGUAUCAUGUUAACUGAAAAUCAUUUAUCGUGGAGAUUCAUAAAUAACAUUGUCUACGAUACAUACCAAGGAACUAAUCAUUCGAUUUUUAAAUCGGAUUCUCCAAACGUAUCGGUAAUUUUCGACAGCAAUAUUUAUUAUAAUCCAUUUCAAACGAAAUUAUUAUUUGGAAUUCAACAAACAUCCUUUGAGGAAUGGCAAAAAACUGGACAAGACAGUAACAGUACGAUUACAGAUCCGUUAUUUGUUGGUGAUGUCAAUCAAUGCGACUUUUUUACUGUUCAAUCAAAUAGCCCAGCAGCGAAACUUGGAUUUAAAAAUAUAACUAAGCUCCCGAAAUGGAGUCCAGGAUGUGGAAUCGAUAAUUCCAACGAAAGCAGUAAUCAAUUUUACCAUUGGUGA